AUUUCAAAUGAGUUUAAGAUGUUUUGCUGUCAGCAGGUUUACAAAACAUUUAGUUCAAAACAACUCCUUCUCAACACAAAAUCCUAGGAUUGGAGUACGGAGUUUAGGCAGAUGUACAGCUUUAGCUUCCGACAAACAUCUUUUAGAAGAACAUUCACUCAAGGUUCCAUCCUUUGGAGGAGUACUAUGGGUAAACUCAGAGAUAGAUACAGUAGUCCGUCCAAUAAAUUCAAUGGAGGAUAUGCAGAUGGACAAAGCCCUAGUCAAAGUGUACGGAGUGAAGAAGGAGGACAAGGAGAACUUGACUUUUGAUGUGAGACAGGAGGGGCACAAGCUCAGCGUCAAGGGCUCAAUCGAAGAUCAGAAGAAGAGAAAAAAUCUUAAUUGUAUUGUAGAGGUUCCUUUGGUGCACAAUGUAAACGUGAUAACUUCUGGUGAUGCAAGAAUAGAUUGCAAAGACAUGGUUGAAUCUAAUUAUUGUCAUCUUACAUCAGACGCCGGGGAAAUAAAAGUCAGAAGAGUGAAGACUGCAAACUUAAUUUGUCAGAGCGAGAGUGGUGAUAUUGUGUGUAAAGGUGCAAUUCAAGGAAGUAUUAGUAUUGUAACAGGAGAUGGAAAUGUUGUAAAUGAUAAACGGUUUAUUGGACCAACCCUAGAUAUAUCAACGGACUCAGGAGAUAUCAGGGUUGCCAGCUCCUACUCAGACCAGAGCAAGUUUUCAACAAAUACUGGAAACCUGUUCCUCAGGAAUAUUCAUAAUGAGAGCUAUGUUGCUAUUUAUGAAAAGGGAAAUUUAACGAUGCUGGGAAUUGACGGAUCUACAAAUGUAUUCGUGAAGAAGGGAGAUAUUGAUGUUCAGGUGAGUAAGGUGACGCAUGAGUCUAGAAUCCAUGUUGAGAACGGAGAUAUUGUUCUCAAGAUAGCUGACAACUUUCCUCUUAAGGUGUGUGUCACCGCAGCUGAAAUCAUCCUCGAUACUAAGUUUAGGAAAUAUGGAGAAAUUUCAUCGAAGGAUGACGACUAUAAACACUAUUUUGGAACAAUUCAACCUGAGAAGUUCUCCCCAACUCUUCAAGUUAUUUCAGAACAAGGACAAGUUAUUGUAGAAUCUCAGGAUUGGGCAGCUAGCCUUGGCUUCAAACUCCCAGGGGGUAUACAGAUACCGCCUGAUCUUAAUAUCAAGCAAGCAUACUGAAAUCAACAAGAAAUCAACCAUGCAUACUGAAAUUAACAAAAUAUCUUGAUCAAUAUCAACCAAGCAAGAUGAAAUCAACUUCAUAAAUAUCAAGCAAGCAAGCUGAAAUCAACCAUAAACACCUGCAGAUAUCUAAAUCCAUCAAAAAAUCAGACGAAAUCAUAAAAUCGCCGUAAACCUCAAAACCAACUUCUUUCUCGAAAUCUUCAGCUCAUUUGGAAUUUUGAAUAAAAAUAUCACCAAUCACGUAAUUUCAUAAACUUUGGUUCUAAGUCUUCUCAAUUCAUUUUUGAAUAUUCUGUAUCCCACAUUGGGUCUAUUUCUAUAUUUUGAAAUAUUCUGAUCUGGUCAUCCGUCGGAAUCUCGAGAAGUCAGGACUUAUUAAUUUUUCAGUUAUUUUCUUGCCAAUUUAAUAUUUUUGUCGUAAUAUUGUAAAUACUAUUAUUAUUGUUAUGAUAUCUGCUAGUCUUAAUCGAUCUGAUUGGAUAUAGAAACCAAAUUUGCGAAAAUCUUGUUUGUAAAUUUAGA